AAGGAAGGAAUGUGCAGCUUUGCACUUCUGACUUCAUCGUCCUUCUGAGCCGAGCCGAGCCGAGCUGGGGGCUUUGGCAUUGGCUUCUGUCUGUCUCUGCCUGCGCAGGCCUAGCGUCAGCCAGUGAGCAGCCAGCCAGUGAUCCAGCCAGCCAUCCCUCACUCCCUCCAUGCUCUCACCGCCGUGCACAAUUGUACAACCAAGUAUCUCAGCGGUGUGCUGCUCGCCUCCCUCCCUCUCUCUCUCACACUCUCUGUGACUGUCUCUUUCUCUUUCUCUCUCUCUCUCGUCUCCUCGUGCCCUCUCGCAUCGCGCGGUCGCUCGUGCUCCGUCGCGAUCGAGGGUCUGAUCGGACCAGACCGGACGGGGCAGGAUCUGGAGUUGGAGCUGGAGCUGGAGCAGCAGCAGCAGCAGGACGAGGAGCAGGCUGCACCAACAGCCGCCGGCGCAGUGGGGCUCAGGUUGAGGACAUAAAUGACAUACGCCCCAACCAAACCCCGCCAGCGUCGUACGAGACGCACAUUGAGAAAUAGAAAUCAAAACAGUGCUAGCUGACAGAAGCAGUAGAACGCAUUGUGCUGCAGGUCCCAACGCAGCUAGAGCAGGCAGCAGUAAUUCUGAGCUUCCGGUCGCAUUGUGCUGCAGGUCCCAACGCAGCUAGAGCAGGCAGCAGUAAUUCUGAGCUUCCGGUCCCGUCUCCGAGACCGAAGCAACCGCGAAGAAGAAGCAGAAGUGGCAGCGAACUUUGCAGCCAUGAAAGACAACGUAAAAUUGAGGACAUCCUGGAGCUUGGCAUCCAUCGCGAGCAGGUUGUUUCAAGUGCCUCGGGCCGGAAUCAAGCAGGGAUUCUGGCAAUUCCUGUUCGCGAUCGUGGCCGCAGUUUUUACAGUCCUCGUAAUCUGGGGACCCACUCUCUCGGCCCCGGCCGACGUCUCCACGCAGCAUCAGCAGCAGCAGCAGCAGCCGGCCGGCCCCAUCGUCCAUCGCACCAGCAACGCGCUCGCGAACGAGAAGAGCCCCGUGCACUCGUCUUCGACAAAGAGUUCAGAUGACGACGACGACGGGGUGCUGGGGGUGGAGAAGAAAUUGAAGCUGGACGAGGCGAGCGACGAGGAAUUGCGCCUGGUGGCGCUGCACAAGAAGCAGAAGGCGAGGAGCGAGGCCGCCACGAAGCCGCUGGUGAAUUUGCGCGACAAGCGCUGGAACACGGCCUCGUUCGCCUUCGAGCCCGUGCAUGCGGACUGGGACAAGCAGCGCGCGGCGGCGGCCCGGAAUCGCCCCAACCUGCGCGCGCCGGUGGGCAGGAAGUCGCGCGUCAUGCUCGUCACGGGCACGGGCCCGACCCCGUGCUCGCGGUCCGUCGGCAACUACAUCUACAUCAAGGCGGCCAAGAACAAGGUCGACUACUGUCGCCUGCACGACAUCCAGCUCUUCUACAACAUGGCCAGCCCGGACCCGAACUUCGACGGCUGGUGGACCAAAAUCCCGCUACUGCGCUCGCUCAUGGUGAGCCAUCCCGAGGUGGACUGGUUCUGGUGGAUGGACAGCGAUGCGUGGAUCACGGACAUGACGUUCGAGGUUCCGUUCGACAAGUACGCGGCUGCGGGCAAGAACCUGUUCCUCUACGGGGACGAGAGCAAAAUGUACGGCGAGAAGAGCUGGAUCGGGAUCAACACGGGCGACAUGGCCAUCCGCAACUGCCAGUGGUCGCUGGAUCUGCUCGACGCCUGGGCCUCGCUGGGCGUGGCAAGCGCGCGCGAGGCUUCCGGUAAGUUCCUGACCGAGGUGCUGACGGAGCGCCCGGCGAAUUUCCCAGCCGACGACCAGUCGAGCCUGGCGUACCUGCUGGUGUUCGAGAAGCGCAGGUGGGCAGCCCAGACGGCGCUCGAAAUGAGCUUCACGAUGAGCGGGCACUGGCCGACGCUGACGGGGAAAUUCGAGGAGCUCAGGGCCUCGUCGCACCCGGGCUUCGGCGAUCACCGCUGGCCGCUCUGUGUGCACUUCGCGGGAUGCCAGCCGUGCUCGGACAUUGCAGGCUACGGGAAGUAUCCUUGGGAAGCUUGCCAGCUGCAGAUGGACCGCACCUUCGCCUUCGCGGACGACCAGGUGCUGCGGACGCUCGGAUUCCAGGUCGACGGCGGGCUCGAGACCUCGGAGGUGAAGCCCCUGCACGAGGAACUGCAGGAGGCCCUGGCGCCAGGCGUCCCGUACCACAUCUACCCCAACGUCUCGGACUGGGACCUGCAGCGCCGCGCGUUCCUGAAGCGGUCCAAGGACCCGCGCGAUCGCAAGGGGGCGAAGCCGCGAGUGCUGCUCGUCAGCGGCUCCGGGCCGCGCGAAUGCCACGAGGUCCGAGGCACCCACUUCCUGCUCAAGGCCCUGAAGAAUAAGAUCGACUACGCGCGAAUGCACGACAUGGAUUUCUUCUACAACAUGGCGAAUCUGGACAAGCAGCUGACAGGGUGGUGGGGGAAAAUCCCCGUGAUCCGGACCAUGAUGCUGGCGCAUCCCGAGGCCGAGUGGAUCUGGUGGGUGGAUAGCGACGCCGUGUUCACGGAUAUGGUGUUCGAGCCGCCGCUGCAGAGCUACCCGGACUACAAUCUGAUCAUGUGGGGUUCCGAGGAGAUGGUGUUCGAGAAGAAGAGCUUCAUCGGGCUCAAUGCCGGGGACAUGAUUGUUCGGAACUGCCAGUGGUCGCUGGAUUUCUUCGACGCCAUCAUUCCAUUUGGGCCCGAGGGGGCCGUGCGAGAAGAAGCGGGGAGGAUGCUCACCAAGGUGCUGACCGAUCGGCCCGACAUGCAGGCUGACGAUCAGUCGGCCAUCAUCCACUUGCUCAACACGCAGAAGGCCAAGUACGCGUCCAAGGUCAAUUUCGAGAAUGGUUACACUCUGAGUGGCUCUUGGGACUCCAUCACCUUUAACUUCGAGAAGCUGAUGGAAGAGCACCACCCCGGCUUCGGAGACUGGAGGUGGCCCCUCGUCACGCACUUCGCCGGCUGCCAGCCGUGCUCGCAUCCUAACAUGUGCAAUUACAAUCGCACUGACUGCUUCGAGCAGAUGGAUCGCUCGCUGCACUUCGCCGAUAACCAGGUCAUCCAUGCGUAUGGCCUCGAGCACAGGACUCUCGGCACCUGGGAGCUGCAGAAGCUGGGCACAGCUGCUGCAGCGGCCAAGGCCGCCAAGCUCUCAGAUGCCGCUGGCAAUGCCCCGCCGACGACCGAGUCCUUCAAGCAGAAAUUCCACUGAAUUUAGAUUCCCAUUCUUUGGGUCGGUAUUUUCCUCGCAACCCAUCCAUCUGUACAUUGGCUCCCCAAUCGAACCAGCAGGACUUCGGUAGGAAUGUAGCAUGCAAUCACUAAAUGAAAGAACGGACGAGGAAUCGGAAUGGAUGAUUGAAGCUGAGCUAACAAUGAAGACAGAAGAGAUGAUGUUCGGAAUAAGGAGGAGACCGAGCUGUGGGUUGGACUACGUCGGCCCUUCAUAGCGCAUCACAUACUACUUAUUAAUGUCUAGGGAUGGGAGAUUGUUCUCGGCGUGGCAACAUUCAUGAUCAUGAUCGACUUGUGUAACAAGAAUUACAGGAUGUUGGUGCCACCGACGAGUACGACAUUCUCGGACCUUAUAGAACGUCGGGGUACAAGGACAGUGUAACCCAUCACGACGAUAGACUGACGACGACGAAGGAGAAGGAGACUGCGCCGCUUCCUCGGAGAGUAGCCAUCUGCGUACUGUUGAUUCUUUGAGAGUGACAGAUUCCGUUCGUGCAUGUGCCAUUUUGCAACAUGCGCCAUAUCGUAGGCUGUAGACUGUAUAAGUUAUUGCCCUUGUCCAUAUGAUUUUUAGCAAACAUGAGAUAGAUUUGAAAAGAAGUCAUCUUUGGAUCCGGACCCGUCCUCAUCAUUACAGAGUCUUUGAGUUGUAGAUAGUUUGAUCGAUCGAUCGGUCGACCGAUAGAGAUUUUUACUAAUUCGGAGAAGUUUAAAAAGCAGAAGACGCAGAAGAGUUCAGCCAGGAGUUCAAGCGGUUUUUCGGACUCUUGCGAAUGUAUAGAAGAAAAGCCAGAAACUAUCAUACCUGUAGUAAAAUUGUGAAACCCAAGCAGCCCUUCUAUGGGCCACAUUUGUAGAUACCCAUGUAUACGGUUCUUCAAUGUCUAAUAAACGGGUUGGAUUGGACCUCCUGUUUUUAUUAUACUCU